AUGCCAAAAGUCGUCGGCUAUACUCCUCCCUGGCUGUCUCGCCCUUCGCCAGGCGCAAGAUUAUUCACCGAUCCAGCGCCUCAGUCGCCUACCUCUCCUUCGAAACGCUCGUCAUAUCUGAGUACGCCAUCCUCCACGCAGUAUCAGGGGCCGAGAAGACUUGUUGCCAGCAGGGGUACAGAAGUCUUCACGGUCGUAGGCAACAAAAUAAGAUGGGCAGACCUUGCAACCGUCAGAGAUGAAUGGGAGGAGAACACUCAAUCGGGGAGCAAUCGUUUCGGACCUGCGAGGACCGGUGCUGUUCAGAGCACAGAAGACGAUGCCUACAGGACUCUUGACGUGCCGAUUUACUAUCAAAUUCGACAAAUCGCAAUAUCUCCCUCGGGCAUAUUCCUCGCCGUCUGUACAGAGCAUACAGUACACAUUGCAGUGCUUCCCCCCUCAUCACGAUUGAGAGAUCAGGACCGCUCACCACUGAAGUUGAAAACAUAUCAACUCGGUCCUACCAUCCAUGUCAUUCCGGAGUCUCCUCUGUCUGCCGUGUUGUGGCAUCCACUGGCGGCCGCUGGUGUUUCGGUCGACUCGAUCGUGACUGUUACUGCAGAAGCUGCUGUGCGAGUAUGGGAAUUGGAUCGGUCUAACAAAUGGUCCUUUGAGCGGCCUUCUCUCGCCAUUGAUCUGCGAAAGCUGGCGGAUGGUAUAUCAUGCGACCAAGACUUUGAGCCAUCGGGCUUUGGGAAAACCCGUGGAUUCUCAGUGGACGAUUUUGAUAUGGAGGUCUCCGCUGCUUGCUUUGGCGGUUGGGGUCGAGACGACGAAGAUGCAUGGGCCAGCAUGACUCUCUGGGUAGCGAUGAGGAACGGUGACAUAUACGCACUAUGUCCAUUGUUACCCUCGAAAUGGAAACCCACGUCGACAAGUAUCCCCUCUUUAUCUACGACCGCCGUUUCUCGUAUGGCCUCGAUUGCAGGAGAAGAGGCAGAUAUGGAUGAGCGACGGGCGGCUGACCAGCAAUAUGAAUGGGUUCAAGAGAUCGACAAUGACGAGCCACUGCUGAUGGAAUCGACCGACAGCCUUGGAGAAUUCGAAAUACGACUAAGGCCACAAAAUCCAAGCGCAAUUCCUCGCCUCCAAGGUCCAUUCGCCAUUCAACCUGAGGACGAUGACCAGGACAUUGAGAUUUCGGACAUUUUUGUUCUCCCGGCCAAGCUGGAUGGAGAGGAUUUGCUGGCUGGAGAAGAUGUGUACGAUGAAUUCGACCUUGCCGCAUAUGCCGGGGUUCCUUUCACUACUCUGUGUGUGGCAACGCCUCAUAAUGAGCUUUGGUUUGCCAUUGAUCUUGACGGAGUUUCUGGGCAGUGGCUUCCAAAGAGAGGCAAAAGCGUGUUCAGUGUGCCGACGUCGGACGCCAAAGAGCUGACUCUGAUUGACACAUUUGCCCUCGACGACACCGGCCUCGACCCAGCCGGAAACUGGCCAAUGUUCAGUGGGGACGUCGUCCACAACUAUAGCGUCUUCCUCACCACCUCAAGACAGGUCUACUCAAUUUCUCUGAACGAAUGGGUCACACGACUUGCCGCCGAAUUGACGGGUACUGAACCUGUUGAUCCUGGACUUAGGACGCGACUCGAGACCAGUUGUCAAAGUCAGGUUUGUCUUGUGAACAAACUUGUUGACAGCCUAGAGCCAAAAGAAGUACUCUCAGCUCCUACAGUCAUCGAUGAUGUGUCUUUGGGAUACUUUCUCCUAGCGACUACUCUUGCUUCAGUGUAUGCAGUCUUCUUCGACCAGGCCCACUUUGGGACUUCCAUUUUCGAAGCGUCUUCUCCUGAGCUCACAGCCACCUCUCCAAGUCGUCUCAACGCUCAAGUGGCUAGACCAAACGGAGGAGAGGAUUCGAAUAAUCUGGAAACCCUCCCAACUCGGUCGCCGUACGCUCCGGCUCCAGUAUUUUAUGCCAAUCCCCUCUAUCCUUUGGAACACAUGCGCCAGCGCCUGGCCCCGAACCUCAAGAGAGCCAUAGUUGAGAAACCGGUGCGCCUGAGUCCGGCCAUGCUGGAGGUAAUGACUUACGCCCAUCGCACAAUCGGUGCACAGUCUGGGGAAUUGGAGAAGGCGGCAGCCGAACUCUUCCGGCGAUGCGAUCGGCUAAGAGAGGAACUCGGUGACCAAGUGAAGCAAAUGACUGAACUGGCGCAGAGAUUACAAAAUCUUCAACCGAGCGCAGAAGAAGACGAGGCUGGGCAUCUCAGAGAGAAAAAGACCCGUGAUGCAAGACUCAAGGAUGCUCGGGAGAAACAGGCGAAGCUCAUGGCGCGAUACGAGGCUUUGAGAAGAAAAGUGGGACGCGUGGGAUCUGCGAAGAGAGAGUUGAGUUCGAAGGAGAAGGCGUGGAUCGAGGAAAUCGACGUCCUGGGCGAGAAUAUGGGUGUCAAGGUCGAUGACCAAAACGUCCAAAAUGGCCGGGUCGAGGGGAAUUCUAGAUUGGACCAGAGGUUUCAAACAGUCAAACAACUCGCCCACGAGCUGGUAGAGGAAAGCAAGCAGCUAGAGAAACAACAGCAAGAAGACCAACAAUCAGCGGCAACUCUCAAGCGUGGCGACUCGGCAGUGACAUCCUCAAUGUCAACGUCCACCUUGUCCACUUCCAUGUCCGGCUCGAAGUCCAACAUGUCCGCCUCCAGCUCUGCACCAGCCUUUGGGGUAUCCAGCCGCCUCCAGAAAGAGCGCAUUGCAGAGGUCAUGGGCAUGGUUGAACGUGAGGGUGCAGUCAUCGAAGCUGUCAUGAACCGUCUCGAGCGGCUCAAGGUCGAGUAUUAG